GCAAUUCACAAGUGAUGGGUGUGAAUAUUUUAUUACCAGAGGUAAUCCUCAGAAGAUAUGAAAAUGAUAGCCCUGGGAAUUUAAACUCAAUAAAAGACUGGGAUAGGGUGUAUGAGUAUAAGCAGCAGAAAGUAUGUUACAAUGGACUAGACAAAAAUUUAACAGCUAUGCAUGGUAAAGUCUACCAAUGCAGUAAAGGUUUCAAAGUUGUCAGAAAAUUAUCAAAUGUAAAUAGACAAAAGAUGAUAUAUACCAAGGAGUUAACUUUUGAGUGUAAAAAAUAUGAGAAAGCCUUAAAUCUACGCUCAAACUUUGGUAAACAUAAAAUAACCCAUUUUCCGGAAAAGGAAUAUAAAUGUAAAGAAUGUUGCAAAGUCUUUAAAUCUCGCUCAAUCCUGUCUAAGCACAGAGGACUUCAUACUGCAGAGAAAAUCUCCCAAUGUGAGAAUGAUGACAAGUGUCUUAGCCACAGCUCAAAAUACUUUAACUGUAAGACAAUUUAUAAUGUAGAGAAACCCUACAAAAGUAAAGAAUGUGGCAAAGCCUUUAACAAUUACUCAAACUUUUUUGUGCAUCAAAGAAUUCAUUCUGGAGAGGAACUCUACAAAUGUGAAGAAUGUGGCAAAUGCUUUAACAAUUCCUCACGUCUCUCUAUACAUAAAAGAAUUCAUUCUGGGGAGAAACCCUACAAAUGUGAAGAAUGUGGAAAAGCCUUUAAUCAUUACUCAAAUCUUUUUGUACAUCAAAGAAUUCAUUCUGGACAGAAACCAUACAAAUGUAAAGAAUGUGGCAAAUGCUUUAACAAUUCCUCACAUCUCUCUGUACAUAAAAGAAUUCAUUCUGGGGAGAAACCCUACAAAUGUCAAGAAUGUGGAAGAGCCUUUAACCAGUACUCAAUCCUUUCUGUACAUAAAAGAAUUCAUUCUGGAGAGAAACCAUACAAAUGUGAGGAAUGUGGCAAAUCCUUUAACAAUUACUCAAAUCUUUCUGUACAUAACAGAAUUCAUUCUGGAGAGAAAUCCUACAAAUGUGAAGAAUGUGGCAAAGCCUUCAAGGAUUCCUCAAGCCUUUCUGUACAUAAAAGAAUUCAUUCUGGAGAGAAACCAUACAAAUGUCAAGAAUGUGGAAAAGCCUUUAACAAUUCCUCAAAUCUAUCUGUACAUAAAAGAAUUCAUUUUGGAGAAAAACAAUACAAAUGUGAAGAAUGUGGAAAAUCCUUUAACCGGUAUUCACACCUUUCUGUACAUAAAAGAAUUCAUUCUGGGGAGAAACCCUACAAAUGUGAAGAAUGUGGCAAAGCCUUUAGCCACUCCUCACACCUUACUGUACACAAAAGAAUUCAUUCUGGAGAGAAGCCCUACAAAUGUGAAGAAUGUGGAAAAGCCUUUAACCGGUACUCAGUCCUUUCUGUACAUAAAAGAAUUCAUUCUGGAGAGAAACCAUACAAAUGUGAAGAAUGUGGAAAAGCCUUUAACAAUUACUCAGCCCUUUCUACACAUAAGAGAAUUCAUUCUGGGGAGAAACCCUACAAAUGUGAAGAAUGUGGCAAAUCCUUUAAUAUGUGCUCAACCCUUUAUAUACAUAAAAGAAUUCAUUCUGGGGAGAAACCCUACAAAUGUGAAGAAUGUGGAAAAGCCUUUAACAAUUCCUCAAAUCUCUCUGUACAUAAAAGAAUUCAUUUUGGAGAAAAACAAUACAAAUGUGAAGAAUGUGGAAAAUCCUUUAAUCGGUACUCACACCUUUCUCGACAUAAAAGAAUUCAUUCUGGGGAGAAGCCUUACAAAUGUGAAGAAUGUGGCAAAGCCUUUAACAAUUCCUCAAGCCUUUCUGUACAUAAAAGAAUUCAUUCUGGAGAGAAACCCUAUAAAUGUGAAGAAUGUGGAAAAGCCUUUAACCGGUCCUCACACCUUUCUCGACAUAAAAGAAUUCAUUCUGGAGAGAAACCCUACAAAUGUAAAGAAUGUGGCAAAUCCUUUAACAAUUACUCAAAUCUUAUUGUACAUAAAAGAAUUCAUUCUGGAGAGAAACCAUACAAAUGUGAAGAAUGUAGAAAAGCCUUUCGUCAGUACUCAAUCCUUUCUGCACAUAAAAGAAUUCAUUCUGGAGAGAAAUCCUACAAGUGUGAAGAAUGUGGCAAAGCCUUUAACGAUUUCUCAAGCCUUUCUGUACAUAAAAGAAUUCAUUCUGGAGAGAAACCCUAUAAGUGUAAAGAAUGUGGCAAAUCCUUUAUUAAUUACUCAAAUCUUUCUGUACAUCAAAGAAUUCAUUCUGGAGAGAAACACUACAAAUGUGAAGAAUGUGGAAAAGCCUUUAACAGUUCCUCAAGUCUUUCUGUACACAAAAGAAUUCAUUCUGGGGAAAAACCCUACAAAUGUCUAGUAUGUGGAAAAGUCUUUAACCAUUACUCAAAUCUUUCUAGACAUAAAAAAAUUCAUUCUAGGUAGAAACCCUAUGAAUGUCCACAAUGUGGCAAAUUCUUUAACCAGUACUCAAACCUUUCUGUACAUAAAAAAAUUCAUUCUGGAGAGAAAUGUUACAAAU